AUGGAAAGUGUUCGGAUUGUACUCCUGGGCAUUAUAUUUUUGCUGAUACAGGCAUUCUCACCCGGACUAACGGAAGAGUCACCAUGCUCAGCUGGAUUUGAGUCAGAUUUACUUAUUUUCGGAGUAGAUAGUUUGCACCUUCAUAGAGGCCGGAGACUCGGGAAUGUGGUUUUCAAUGACUGCAGUGGACGCACACGGACACUGUUUGACUCGGCAGACACACGCUUUCAAGUGGACACUGAUGGGACGCUGAAAGUAAAGAGGCGAGUAUCCCUGCAUGAGGGACACAAGACGUUUUCCAUCAGUGCUUGGGAUUCCAACAGCAAGAAACACACAGUAGCUGUUAAACUGGAGCUUGAACCCAGAGAGGACUAUAAACAUGCCCAAGAAGCGAAGGUGGCCACGCCUCCUGAGUUCACCCCAGCUCCUCUAGUUCUGGAAUUUCCAAAGUCUUCAGGGGGUCUGAAAAGGAGAAGGAGGUGGGUCAUUCCUGACAUCAACUUCCCAGAGAAUGACAGAGGCCCUUUUCCCAAACAGAUGGUACAGAUCAAGUCCACCUAUGCUAAAGAAAUCAGCGUUAUCUACAGCAUCACGGGUCCAGGAGCAGACCAGCCUCCUGUGGGACUUUUCACUGUGGACAGAAACAGUGGUUGGCUUCAUGUGACUCAGCCAUUAGACAGAGAGGCACAAGACAAAUAUAUCCUUCAAGCUCAUGCUGUGGGAGCUGGUGGAAUCAUAGUUGAGGACCCCAUGGAUAUCAUUAUCAAUGUAAUUGAUAUGAAUGAUAAUAAGCCUGUCUUUACACAAAAUCCUUUCCUUGGAAAUAUUGAUGAAGCAGCAAAAUUGGGUUUUGAGUUUAUGAAGGUUGAAGCCACUGAUGCUGAUCAGCCUGGAACAGACAACUCUGAUCUCAGAUACUCCAUUGUGAGUCAGGAACCUAAACUGCCGCAUGACAACAUGUUUGCCAUCAACCCUGUGACUGGAGGUAUUCGACUGGGUUUAAGUGGUCUGGACAGAGAGAAAUAUCGCAAAUACACACUGGAAAUCCAAGUAGCAGAUAUGAAAGGAGAUGGUGCUGCAGUCCUUGGGAAAGCUGUGAUUACUGUAACAGACAGCAAUGACAACGCACCUCAGUUUAAACAGACAUCGUACACAGUGUCAGUUCCAGAGAAUGAAGUGGGAUAUGUGGUUGUGAAAAUGCCAGUCACUGAUGGGGAUGAGCCAAACACACCGGCCUUCUGGACAAAGUACAAAAUUAUUAGUGGUGACACUAAUGGAGCUUUCAACAUUACUACAGGACCAAAUAAGAUGGAGGGCAUCAUUACCACUGCUAAGCCCCUUGACUUUGAGAAAAACAGCAAAUACACACUGUUGGUGAUUGUGGAAAACGAUGUUCCCUUUGCUUCCCCUCUGGCCACCUCCACUGCCACUGUCACUGUGGAUGUGACUGAUGUCAAUGAGGCUCCAGUCUUUAAACCAGUGAAGAUGAUCAUUACCAAACCUGAAGACCUGGCUGUUGGUUCUGAUUUGGUUCUUUAUGCAGCCACUGAUCCAGACACAGCCAUGGACCAGAAAGUAUCCUAUAAGACUGGCCAUGAUCCUGCUGGCUGGCUUACUGUCAAUAAAGACACUGGACUGAUCAAGGUGAAGAGCCCAAUGGACAGAGAGUCUCUCUUUGCCAAGGAUGGGAAAUACACAGCUACCAUUCUCGCCAGUGACGAUGCGGAUGUUCCAGCCACUGGUACAGGGACCCUUGAAAUAAACUUGGAAGACGUGAAUGAUAAUGCCCCCACCAUUGUAGAAAGAUCAUUCUUAAUCUGUAACAAGGAUCCUGCCCCUAUACUGCUGUCUGUAACAGAUAAAGAUGGGCCUGGGUUUGCUGCUCCCUUCCAUGUGGAGCUCCAGGGAGACAGCAGGAACAACUGGACCGCCAGAAUGAAUGACACAAAAACUGGCAUCAUACUGACGCUUAAGACACGGUUGGCGGCGGAUUCUUAUAACGUUGUGCUAAGGGUCUUUGACAAUCAGCGUGUAUUUGAAGACAGUUCAGUUACAGUCAAAGUGUGUGACUGUCAAGGAAAUGAAGUUCAGUGCUCCUUGACGAAUCCAAAAAAUCUUAGUCCAGCAGCAAUUUGGGGAAUUUUGGGAGCUGCCCUUGGUCUACUUUUGCUAGUUCUUCUGCUGUUAAUGUUUAUGAGGCGGAAAAGCACUGUGGACAAGGAACCCCUUCUUCCAGAGGAUGAUGUGAGGGACAAUAUUUACUACUAUGAUGAAGAAGGAGGUGGAGAGGAUGAUCAGGACUAUGACUUGAGCGUGCUGCACAGAGGCCUUGAUAACCGACCCGACGUGUUCCGCAAUGACGUUGCUCCUACCUUCAUGGCCGCACCCCAGUACCGUCCACGACCAGCUAACCCAGACGACAUAGGCAACUUCAUUGAUGAUAAUCUGAAGGCCGCCGACAAUGACCCUACUGCUCCACCUUACGAUUCACUGUUGGUGUUUGAUUACGAGGGUGGAGGCUCGGAGGCAGGUUCCCUCAGCUCCCUCAACUCCUCCAGCUCAGGAGGGGACCAGGAUUAUGACAACCUUAAUGAGUGGGGCCCACGCUUCAAGAAACUGGCAGAUAUGUAUGGAGGAAGAGAGGACUGACAGCUUUCAUGCUUUACUGAUCGUCAGUCUGAGAGUUCACAACAUUCACGUGAGGCACGUGAACGGGUUUGAAACUUUUGAAUUGUGUAAAUAUAGACCCUGUU